ACCCACAAAAACUAACAUUUUGUCCGUUCUUCAAUUUCAGAGCAGGUGGGGGGAGAAGCAGAGCGGAGGAUUCUUAUUUGAAUCACCCUCUUUUUUUUUUCUUUUUUUUUUUGAAUUUUAAAUUCUUUCUCUCUCGCGAUCAAUCGUGCAUAGCUGGUAAGAUCACGUGAAAUUGCUAAUGGUGCUGAUAAUUAUCAAGGGAAAACCUUCUGUGAAUGAGAUAAUGGUUAUUGAUGCUGGUUGUCAGUAGUUUCUGGAAGCAUAGAAUAUGAUACUGCUUCUGUGAGUUGCUUCUUGCUUACAAAAUGUGGAAUUUUGCUUCCAAUUGCAUAGCUGGAAGUGUUGGCCUAAACAGUACCCCAAAGCUAACUCAAGCUGCAUCAGAAUACUCAGAUGAUGAGGCAUCUUCUGUUGUUAGCAGGGAAGAAAGCCUAGAGUGCCCAAUAUGCUGGGAGUCCUUCAAUAUUGUGGAAAAUGUGCCUUAUGUUUUAUGGUGUGGCCAUACACUUUGUAAAAACUGCAUACUAGGACUUCAAUGGGCUGUUGUGAAAUUCCCCACAUUACCAAUCCAACUCCCGCUCUUUAUUUCCUGCCCAUGGUGCAAUCUCUUAUCCUUCCGCUUAGUGUACAGAGGCAACCUAAAAUUUCCCCGCAAGAAUUACUUUCUACUUUGGAUGGUCGAAAGCAAGAAUGAUGAUGGACAUAAAUCUCAUAAUGCCUUUUAUGAAGAUCAUCAACCCCUCUGGUCAGUGGACAGCAAUUUAGCCUCAGGAAACCAACUAAGUUGCAAUAACACUAGAAGGGGACAUCAUUCAGAGUCAUCAGGAACAAACCAUGAUCACAAUCCCGACAAUGCUUUCCUCAAUCUGGGAAGAAUACAUUCUUCUCUUCAGAAGUCAUUGGUUUUCCUCGUUCAUUUGACAGCCAAGUUUCCUUUGGUCAUUAUAUUCCUUUUGAUUGUCUUAUAUGCUAUACCUGCCAGUGCAGCCAUUUUGGCCUUGUACAUUCUUAUCACAGUUCUAUUUGCUCUUCCCUCUUUCCUAAUACUGUACUUUGCUUUUCCUAGUUUGGAUUGGCUUGUCAGAGAAAUUAUCACUUAAUGCAAUUAGCAUCGUAGUCUGUAGACCUUGUGAAUAUAAGUUUGCUCCAAGAUACUGGCUUCUAUUUAUGUGGAUGCCAUAGAAAUUGUAAUUUGACGACUUCUCCAGUUUCCAAGGCUGUCAAUUCUUUGGCUUGAAGGUGGUCCAGUUUCACAUCAGCUCCUGUAGAAUUUGGCAAGGAUCAAGGGCUUGCGUAGUCUGGAAUUUUUGGUGGCAAUUGGGGCUCAAGACAUGGAAACUUCACCUGUCAAUUUAGUAUUUGCUUUGCAGAUUCGCAACGCUACUGUAUGCAUACAAAAUAGUUAGUGUGAGGGCUUGUCACAAAAGUUUGAUAUCUUCUUUGUAAGCGGACCCCUGUUUAUUGAAUCUCUAUUAUGGUUCUGCUCCCCUUGUCUAUAAAAUUUUCUAUCUUUGAUCCUUGUUGGGUUCUGAAGAAAGAGAGAGAAAAACUGUUAUCCUUUAUGAGUCUUUAGUGAUUAACACUGUGUCGAUCAAACAUAUUUUGCUUAUGCUUAUUAUGUACAGUGCUUUUAAUGGA